GGCUGCAGGCAGGGAGGCAGCUGUGGCCAUUACACCAGCAGCCAGCCCAGACCCAUCAGCCGGCACAGCAAGACAGAAGAUGAAUCCAUGGACCCCGUCAUAGAGAAAUAGAUUAAAUAAGAAGGGGGGGAAAAAAGAGGAAAUUUAAGGGGAAAAAAAGAAGAAGAAGAAGAAGAAGAAAGAGAAGAUCAGAACAAAGUUCAAUCAAAUGGUACAGAAAAGUAGUAUGUCCAGGACGCCUUCGACCUCAACCCAGGAGAUCCAGAUGGACAUGUUCGACCACCAUCCUCACACACAGGGAAAGUACGCCAAGAGGAAGAGCCGCUUCAAGCGCUCGGAUGGCAGCACCUCCUCCGACACCACCUCCAACAGCUUCGUCCGACAGGGCUCGGCAGACUCCUACACCAGCCGGCCGUCGGACUCGGACGUGUCCCUGGAGGAGGACCCCGAGGCCCUGCGGAAGGAGGCCGACAGGCAGGCCCUCGCCACGCUGGAGAAAGCAAAGACCAAACCGGUGGCGUUUGCUGUCCGCACGAACGUGGGGUACAACCCCGGCCCCAGCGACGACGUCCCCGUGCAAGGCAUGGCCAUCUCCUUCGAAGCCAAAGACUUCCUGCACAUCAAAGAGAAGUACAACAACGACUGGUGGAUCGGCCGCCUGGUGAAGGAGGGCUGCGAGGUGGGCUUCAUUCCCAGCCCGGUCAAGCUGGAGAACACGCGUCUGCUGCAGGAGCAGAGGAUGAGACAGAACCGCCUCAGCUCCAGUAAAUCUGGAGGAAGUUCCAGUCUGGACGUUGCCACGGGAACCCGCAGGCCCACCCCGCCCGGCACAGCUCAUGUGGACAUGUCCACAGUGGCCUUUGACGUUGACCCCCUGGACCUGGAUGCUGAGGAGCCCCCCGAGUUGCAGGGGGACGCCCGCUCCCCCAAGGGCAUGUCGGGCAGCGUCACGUCCCCCCAGGCCAACGCCCACCGACUGCCCUUCUUUAAGAAGAUGGAGCACGUCCCGCCGUACGACGUGGUUCCCUCCAUGAGACCCAUCAUCCUGGUCGGACCUUCGCUCAAAGGCUACGAGGUGACGGACAUGAUGCAGAAAGCGCUCUUCGACUUUCUGAAGCACAAGUUUGAAGGCAGGAUAUCCAUCACGCGGGUGACGGCCGACAUCUCGCUCGCCAAGCGCUCCGUCCUCAACAACCCCAGCAAACACACCAUCAUCGAGCGCUCCAGCACCCGCUCCAGCCUGGCGGAGGUGCAGAGUGAGAUCGAGCGUAUCUUCGAGCUGGCACGCACCCUCCAGCUGGUCGCUCUGGACGCCGACACCAUCAACCACCCCUCCCAGCUGGCCAAGACCUCCCUGGCCCCCAUCAUCGUCUAUAUCAAAAUAGCUUCGCCGAAGGUCCUCCAGAGGCUGAUUAAGUCCAGGGGGAAGUCCCAGGCCAAACACCUCAACGUGCAGAUGGUCGCAGCAGACAAGCUGGCUCAGUGCCCACCGGAGUUGUUCGACAUCAUCUUGGACGAGAACCAGCUGGAGGACGCCUGCGAGCACCUGGCCGACUACCUGGAGGCCUACUGGAAGGCCACGCACCCGCCCAGCAGCAACCCCCCCAACCCCCUGCUCAACCGCACCAUGGCCACGGCCGCCCUGGCCGCCUCCCCCGAGCCCGUCUCCAACCUGCAGGUACAGGUGCUCACCUCCCUGCGCAGGAACAUGGAUCUGUGGCCCGAGUUGGACGGUGGCGUAGCCGGCGAGGGGAAAGAGGAAGAGCACACCCUCUGAAGCCCAGCGAGCAAGGGAAAGGGGGGGGGGGGUCGUCACCCCGAAGGAAGAGCGACUGAAGCCCUAUUCAUGCUGUAUAUAGAAACACAACACAGACACACACAUGUAUUUAUACAAACGAGCCAAAACUUUCCCACACAGCCAGCUGUAGUGAUCAUCCAGCUUUUCAAACUGUGAAAGCGACUGAACUCAAAGCACACUGGACUCACGGAUCGACCCCGCACACGCCUCCUCAACCCAGAAGGCUCUUCUCCGUCUCGCUGCAAUCCAGAGUGAAAUACCCUGUGCUGCCCCCGCCCUGCCCUCCGUGGCUCUCCGGCCUCCUCUCUCCAGCACUUUUUCUUCUUUCUCGGCGAGGCUGAAUCCAGUUUGCCAUCCUCCUCCUCCUCCUCCUCCUCCUCCUCCUCCGUGUUGCCAUGGCGCCGCCCCUGAAAACAGCAAGUCAUGUCCGCCUCUUCAAAUAGAAACCCUGAGUUUGGUGGAGGCUGCUGCUAAAUACUCUGUCCAGUUUAAUCAUUUCACCCUAAGAGCAAAAAAAGAAAAAAAACCACUAACUUCCCGUCAGAUGUAAAAAGUCGCAGCACGCCGUCAGACUUCUGUUCGCCUCCAGACAGGUCGGCAGCGCCGCACCAAGAGAUGCUGCACAUCUUUGACAACUGGCUUUUUAACAGAAAGAAGCAUGAGGGAAACUCAUCUUCUGCUCUGCUGCAGUUCGUCCUGCUGUCACGCGCUACCAGCCACCAGAUGGCGCUGUUGUGCUCAGUACUUGUGGACUAAUUGCAUGUCUGCUUUCAGGUGUGUGUGUUUGCACUGUGCAGUCAUGCAUGGUGUAACAUGGUGUUGGUUAUAAGCAGAGGUGGUGAGAGCACGUGGUGUUUUUUAAAUAGAUAUGGGAGAAAACAAAAGUUCUAAUCUGACUUUUUUGCUCAGUUUAAACCAACAAAAGUUAAAACGUUUUGAAUAUACUAGCAGUGCAAAAUUAAAGGUAACUGUUUGUUUUUUAAACCAACAAUUUUGUAAAACAAAAAUCCAAAUUGAGCUCAGUCUAAUCAUAAGUUUUCGUUCAUACAUUCUCUUCGUCACCAGUGUCACUUCUGAUCUGGAGGUCUUUUUGUUUUUCCUCCUGUGUUUUUGCAUUUUUUUCGGCAUGAAAUUCACUAACUGAUGCCCAAAGCUUUGUGCUUCCUGUGUGUUGCUGUCCUGUACAGUUGGGUUGUUAUCAAAUCCAGUAAAUUUG